ACUGAAAGUUUGAACAGAAAAAAUGGCGUCAGCAGUUCAUCAAAUCAAUAUAUUAAAAGCUGAACUUGACCUCAGCACAAAACUAUCUAAUUUGGAGAAAAGGACGGCAAAACUGGAGUCAGAGUUUAGUGACAUGAUGCAGUCUGCGAGAGAGUUAUCGAAUGCCAUGAAACGUUACGUUGAUAAAACGGAAACAGAAACGAGGAGCUGGAACAUUGUAGAGAGCAUAUUUGAAGGAGAUAAUAAGACACGUGAUGUUUUAGAUCACGUGAAGAUAUUCUUCAACUUCCUUCUAGCAAAGAUGGCGUCAAAACAUGCCGAAAUUACCGACAUUAAAAUGUUGUGGCAUCUUAUUGAUAAAGAGGGCGUCAAAGAAGUGUUCAACGAUGCUAUAAAGUCGUUUGGAUUCAACGGAAGUGACGAAAGCGAUAUCAAACUUCUCUUAGCGGUUACCUACAAAUUACAUGUGGAUAUGGAACGCGCGAUAUCUGCAGCAGACCACAAAACUGAUUGCGCCACAAAGAACGGCAAGAAUGUCUCUGCAGGACUGGUUUACCAGGGGGAAAACAAUGAACAUGAAGAAUAUGCGAAACAACUGACCACUUCCGGUAAAGCAGACGCAAACAAUAACCAAUCAGGUGAAAGUAAUGUGCACGUUGUAGCCUACAAUGAAGAGGAUGUGAAUAUAAAUAUCAGGAAAGAUGACACAUUAGGUUUUGAUCACACAUCAAUACCGGUGAGUAUAAAUGAUGAGGCGUCGGCAGCCGUUUUAUCUUGGAAUGUUGAGGAUAGUUUAAAAAAUGUUGCUGGACGAAUGGUAGCCAUUGUUAUAUAUACCCUUAAUGUUGGUAGAGAUAAAAAGGACCUAACAAUCAUCGAGAACAAUAGAGAACAGCCAAAUACCGAACAUAUUUAACAUGAAAUGCUUUAAAAUAGUGAUUUCGAUCCAUGGCAUUAUAUAACAUUUUUCUUAAUGGUAUUUGGAUUUACGUUUUUAUCAUUACAGAUCGGACUGUAUGUUGUAUAUAAUAUGCUGCACAUAUUUACAGCCGUUUCUUUUCAAAGUAUUAUAGAGUAUUAUAUUUUCAA